CGACUGGGGCUGGCGGGCGGGCGAGGGAACUGUGGCCGCGGUCCGUGAGAAGAUGGAGGACGGGCCGGGCCUGGGCUCGCAGUGCAAGAAUCACAACCAUGGCCCCCACCCUCCUGGAUUUGGUCGACUUGGAGCCUGUGCACACGAAAACAAAGAACUUGCCAAGGCGAGAGAAGCUCUUCCUCUUAUAGGGGACACUAGCAACUGUGACAUUGUAAAAGCUACUCAAUACGGGAUUUUUGAACGAUGUAAAGAGUUGGUAGAAGCAGGAUAUGAUGUCAGACAACCGGACAAAGAGAAUGUAUCACUUCUUCAUUGGGCUGCUAUUAACAACAGACUGGAUCUUGUAAAGUUUUAUAUUUCAAAAGGUGCUGUGAUAGAUCAAUUAGGUGGAGAUUUAAAUUCCACUCCUCUUCAUUGGGCUAUCAGACAAGGACAUUUACCUAUGGUCAUAUUAUUACUUCAGUAUGGUGCAGACCCUACUCUCAUUGAUGGAGAGGGAUUCAGUAGCAUCCACCUGGCAGUAUUAUUUCAACACAUGCCCAUUAUAGCAUAUCUCAUCUCAAAAGGACAGAGUGUAAAUAUGACAGAUUUAAAUGGGCAGACACCUCUCAUGUUAUCAGCUUACAAGGUACUGGGGCCAGAACCAACUGGAUUUCUUUUAAAGUUUAACCCAUCCCUCAAUGUUGUUGAUAAAAUACAACAGAACACUCCACUUCACUGGGCAGUUGCAGCAGGAAACAUUAGUGCAGUUGAUAAACUAUUGGAAGCUGGUUCUAGCCUUGAUAUCCGAAAUGUUAAGGGAGAAACACCUCUUGAUAUGGCACUACAAAACAAAAAUCGACUGAUUAUUCACAUGCUAAAAACAGAAGCAAAAAUGAGAGACAAUAAAAAUUUCAGAAUAUGGAAGUGGCUGCAGAAAUGCGAGCUCUUCCUGCUGCUGAUGUUUUGUGUGCUUAUCAUGUGGACUGUUGGAUACAUAUUGGACUUCAAUUCAGAUUCUUGGCUUUUAAAAGGAUGUCUUCUAGUAAUAUUGUUUUUUCUGACAUCUUUAUUUUCAAGGUCCUUGAUCGGAUAUAAAACCCUUGUGUACUUACCAACAGUCUUUUUGCUGAGUUCUAUAUUUUGGAUAUUUAUGACAUGGUUUACAUUAUUUUUUCCUGAUUUGGCAGGCUCCCCUGUCUAUUUCACUUUUAUUCUCAGCAUAAUGGGCUUUCUCUACUUUUUCUACAAAACUUGGGCAACUGAUCCUGGCUUCACUAAGUGUUCUGAAGAAGAAAGGAAAAUGAAUAUCAUCACCCUUGCAGAGACUGGCUCUUUGGACUUCAGAACAUUUUGUACAUCAUGUCUUAUAAGGAAGCCAUUAAGAUCAAUCCAUUGUCAUGUGUGCAACUCCUGUGUAGCCCGAUUUGAUCAACAUUGCCUGUGGACUGGACGGUGCGUAGGUUUUGGCAACCAUCACUAUUACAUAUUCUUCUUACUUUUCCUUUCCAUCGUGUGUGACUGGAUUAUGUAUGAAUCUUUCAUCUAUUGGUCAAAUCAUUGUGCCACAACAUUCCAAGAAGAUGGACUCUGGACCUACCUCAAUCAGAUUGUGGCCUGUUCCUCUUGGGUUUUAUAUAUUUUUAUGCUAGCAGCUUUCCAUUUCUCAUGGUCAACAUUUUUAUUGUUAAAUCAACUCUUUCAGAUUGCUUUUCUGGGCCUCACUUCUUAUGAGAGAACCAGCCUACUGAAACAGAGCAGGCAUAUGAAACAGACAGUAUCCCUUAGGAGGACACCAUACAACCUUGGGUUCAGACAGAACAUCGCAGAUUUCUUUCAGUGUGGCUGCUUUGGCUUGGUGAAGCCCUUUGCAGUAGAUUGGACAACACAAUACACCAUGGUUAUCCACCCAGCAAAGGAGAAAGUCCUUCGCUCAGUAUAAAGAAAAUUGGUCCAAAAUGCUUACUCUCAUUUGCUGAGAUUCUGUGAUCUACCAGUAAAGUGAAGAUCAGUCCAUCUAAGCCCAAAGGAAAACACAGGUGGUUUUUAAAUAAAGCCAGUUGGUAAAAAUGUUCUCGAUACAGGCAUCAUACUUCUAAAGAGCAAGAUGGACUGGACUGUUCCUGAAAAACCUUGGCAGACAUCUAAAAAUACUUCUGUAUUUUUCCAAGAAAAUGCAAGUUACUUUUUUAAAGAUAAUAUCCCCUAAUUCAGAAUAAAAUGUGGUAUUUUCAUA